UUCCUGUGGGGAACUUGGCGCAGCUUCAGGUUACAGCGCUGGAUGGACCCUCGGUUUGUGGCCACCGUGAGCUGUGUUUGACGGCUAGGCUGCCGGCCGGGCUCCUGCUCGCCCUCGAACGAGCUCCCACCAGAUAUGACUCGAUGAUUUACCGCCUUCGUGUCGUCCACCACUUGCACACCUCCCGAAACGGAACUGAAGUAGAGUCGUCACCAUGAGGAGUAGGAGCAACUCGGGCGUCAAACUGGACAACUAUGCUCGGAUAGUUCAACAAACUAUCCUGAGGCACCAAGAUCCGGUGACGGGUCUCCUGCCCGGCAGCCCAGAUCACCCGGACGCCUGGGUCCGAGACAACGUGUACAGCGUGGUGUCGGUGUGGGCCCUCAGCCUGGCCUACAGGAAGAAUGCCGACAGGGACGAGGACAAGGCCAAGGCCUACGAGCUGGAGCAGAGUGUGGUUAAGCUCAUGAGAGGCGUCCUACAGUGCAUAACGAGGCAGCUGGAUAAGGUGGAGAAGUUUAAAUACACUCGGAGUACCUCAGACUCGCUUCAUGCCAAGUACAACACCCGGACCUGUGCUACAGUUGUUGAGGACGACCAGUGGGGUCACCUGCAGGUCGACGCCACCUCUCUCUUCCUGCUUUUCCUCGCUCAGAUGACUGCGUCUGGUCUUCAUAUUGUCUACACCCAAGAUGAAGUGGACGUGGUUCAGAAUCUGAUGUUCUACAUUGAGGCAGCUUACAAAGUGGCGGAUUAUGGGAUGUGGGAAAGAGGAGACAAAACCAACCAGGGCAUCACUGAGAUUAACGCCAGCUCCAUAGGCAUGGCCAAGGCAGCUCUGGAGGCGUUGGACGACCUCAACUUGUUCGGAGCUAAAGGAGGCCCUGGGUCCGUGGUCCACGCCUUGGCUGAUGACAUACAGCACUGUCAGUCCAUCCUGACCUCCAUGUUACCCAGAGCAUCUAUCUCUAAAGAGGUGGAUGCUGGAGUCCUGGCCAUCAUCUCAUACCCAGCCUUUGCUGUAGAGGACAUGAGCAUAGUCAACAUGACCAAGGAGGAGAUCAUCUCCAAACUGCAGGGUCGAUACGGUUGCUGCAGGUUUCUCAGAGACGGACACAAAACACCUAAAGAGGAUCCAAACAGGCUGUAUUACGAGUCUGCAGAGCUGAAGCUGUUUGAGAACAUUGAGUGUGAGUGGCCGCUGUUCUGGACCUACCUCAUACUGGAUGGCAUUUUCAUCAACAGCCCUGAGCAGGUCCAGGAGUACCAGGAGGCUCUGGAGGGCAUCCUCAUCAAACAGAAAGACGGGAUACGGCUGGUGCCGGAGCUCUAUAGUGUCCCGCCAGAGAAGGUGGAGGAGGAGUACAUGAACCCUCACACUGUUCAGAGGAUUCCUAUGGGCAAAUGUCCUCUGAAAUGGGGUCAGUCUCUGUAUGUCCUGGGUAACCUUUUGAGUGAGGGUUUCCUCGCCCCCGGAGAAAUUGACCCUCUCAACCGGCGUUUCUCCACCAUCCCUAAGCCUGACGUGGUUGUACAGGUGUCCAUUCUUGCAGAGACUGAGGAGAUUAAAGACCUGCUGCUGAAGAACGGUAUCGAUGUGGAGACUGUGGCCGACAUCCAUCCCAUCCACGUGCAGCCCUCCAGAGUCCUCAGCCACAUUUACGCCAGACUUGGCCGUAACACGAGGCUGGGUCUGACCGGGCGACCUUACAGGAGGAUCGGAGUGCUGGGAACCUCCAAGUUAUACAUCAUCAGGAACAACAUCUUCUCAUUCACACCUCAGUUCAUUGAUCACCAGCAGUUCUACCUGGCGUUGGACAACAAAAUGAUCGUGGAGAUGUUGAGGACAGAAAUCUCCUACCUGUCUUCCAGGUGGAGAAUGACCGGACGACCCACCGUCACGUUUCCCAUUUCACAGACCAUGUUAACUGAAGAUCACCUAAACCUGGACCCUGCAGUGUUGGCUACACUGAGAAAGCUACAGGACGGAUAUUUUGGAGGUGCAAGGAUCCAGACAGGGAAGCUGUCUGAGUUCUUGACCACUUCCUGCUUCGCUCACCUUAGUUUCCUAAAUGUGAAGGGUCCUGGUGGCUUGGGCCACCGCGACGACGAUGAUGAUGACGAUGGAUAUGUGCAUGAGCUACGUCAUGAUGAUGAUGCUGACGACCUCGCUCAAUACCUGGAUCACCUCAUGGCCCACGCUGCUCCCAAGAAGGCCAAACAGCCCGUUAAAGGACUGGGCAGGUUCAAAGCUGUAGCCACUAAAACCAAGGAGAUGGUGACUCUGAUGAACAAGGCACAAGAUCUGAAUGUGCACAAUGUUAACAUGUACCUGCCGAGCAAACUGUUUCGGUCUUCUCAGCCGUCACUCAACCUAAAUCUCCCAGACUCCACUGCUCCACAAGAAACUCAGACUCCAGAGGUGUCGGUCUCAACAGAGAGCGGUAUCCCCCGGGAUGCUACUGGAGCCAUCGAUUACAACGCUUUGGUCCAGCUGCUGAAAGACACACAGAGUCUCCAGGACCAGGCUGACAUCCUAUUUAUCCUCUUCAAAGACAAGGGUAUGGAUUGGGACACGCGUCUGCAUGGGAUAGGCUCCACGGUGAGAUCACUGCUGACCGAGCUGUAUGAGAAAGUAGGUGAGCUCAAGCAGUGGGGCCUCAUCAGGAUGAUCUCCGGCAUUCUAAGGAAGAAGGUGGAGGAGCUUGACUCGGCCUGCUCUGAUUUACUGGCUCACCAGAAGCACCUGACUGUGGGUCUCCCUCCUGAGCCCAGAGAGAAAACCAUCACCGCUCCAAUCCCAUUAGACCAGCUGGCUGCUCUGAUCGAAGAGGCCAGCGACAACAACAUCAGCGUGGCCAUACUCACCCAGGAGAUCAUGGUUUACCUGGCGAUGAGCAUCCGCACUCAGCCUCGUCUGUUCAGUGAGAUGUUUCGACUGCGUGUCGGUCUCAUCAUUCAGGUCAUGGCCACUGAAUUGGCCCAGUCACUCAACUGCUCAGGAGAGGAGGCUACAGAAAGUUUGAUGAGCAUGAGCCCUUCUGAACUGAAGAGUCUCCUCCAUCACAUCCUCAGUGGGAAGGAGUUUGGGGUCCAGCGUAGUGUGCGAGACAUGGAUUCUGGGGUCAGUCCAGCCAUCUCCAUUCAUCACCUAGGCAACGUCGGCGCCACCAAGAGCGAGCGAGCCGGCAUCAGCAAACUGAAGAGUGACAUUAAGAUGCUGGAGCACAGGUUGUCUUUGACGGAUCCGAGUAAGGUGAUGGCGGAGCACAGGUUGUCCUUGGCGGAUCCAUUCAAGGACCCGAGGUUGUCUUUGACAGAUCCAGCUUUAGAGAUGGACCGCAGGGUGUCUUUGACUGAGGCAGUCAAGGGCUGGAGGUCUCAGUCAGUGGACAUAGAAAGCAUUGACCCUGGGAGAUACAGACUGCCGUCCUUUGAAUCACUGGACAUUCCAGACUCGAUUCCAUUUGCCAAAGACACCAGACACGGUCAGUGGCUGCGGAGGAGACGUCUGGACGGGGCGCUGAACAGAGUCCCUGUCGGGUUUUACCAGAAGGUCUGGAAGAUCCUGCAGAAGUGCCAUGGUUUGUCCAUCGAGGGGUUUGUUCUUCCUUCUUCAACCACCAGGGAGAUGACCCCAGGUGAGAUCAAGUUCUCUGUCCAUGUGGAGACGGUUCUGAAUCGCGUCCCUCAGCCCGAGUACCGGCAGCUGCUGGUGGAGGCCAUCCUGGUCCUCACUAUGCUGGCAGACGUGGAUAUCCAGAGCAUUGGCUCCAUCAUCCACGUGGAGAAGAUUGUUCACAUUGCCAACGACAUGUUCUACAAGGAUCAGAUGGACCUGGGGGCAGAGGAGCACAUCCUAGAGAAAGACCCAGCCACGGGGGUGUGCAGGCUGCUGUACGACAGCGCCCCCAGUGGCCGCUUUGGUAGCAUGACCUACCUCACCAAAGCGGUGGCGGUGUACGUGCAAGACUUCCUGCCCAGCGGGGCGUGCGCUGUGCAGUGAAAGGAUGCUGUGAUGGACCAGAGCAGGUGUGAAACCACUGGUGGAUGACGUUGAAGCUGAACCAUAAAAUAGAAGAAAUAGUAAAUAAAAAAUAGGAUUUGUGUAGUGGAUCAGCGACAGACACGGGAGAACCUGGUGGUGCGAGACAUGUUACAGUAGGUGUUAAUAUUUAGAGCCACACUAACUGGUUAGAGCCUUUGUUGCAGCUAAGCUAAGCUAACUAACUGGCUAAUGGCAGCAGCUAACUGAGCAAGAUCCCAUGAAAGUCUAAACAAGAAAGUGUGUCUUUAUAAAUGUUUUUUCUUUUAUGAUAGUGAAACGGUGGGUGAACAUAAGCAGGACUUGUUUUCUAAUGUGUGUGAGAUGGAGCAUGAACUGUUGAAAAGCUUGGAAGGUCAGACACUCGUUACAACACUUAGUAGGUUAUAUGUGAGAUCAGAUCCAGUUUAAUAACAACUCUUUGGUACAAAUAGCAGACAUAGUUUCAUAGUUACGUCUUUAAAGUGAGGAGCCUCCACUUCAUCCACAGACGAACCACGGAGCUGUUGCAGCUGUUAAACCAACCUGAAACACAUCAGGACACAUCUGCAUUUUUCUGUAUCUCACUGUAGCCCAUCGCACUGGAAACCUAGUUUUACAAACUCUGAGGACUUAAUGUUCUUUGUUCAGUCUAAUUUAUUGUCACAAGUAUGUUAAGACUGUGGUUCAUAAGACUCACUUCAUAAGACCCUUUGGAUAACUCAAGUCUUAUUUAUUAUGUAAUGGAAACAAACAUAAAUAAUAGACAACAUACAGAAUGAGUUUGUCACUAUAAGAUAGACGUGUCUUAAAGAGAACUUGGAUUUCUCACUUGCCUUCACAUUGUUGCACUUGUAAUAGAAUGAAAUGACUACUGGAAUGUUGAUGCAGAAAUUGAGUAUGAAAUUGCACAGAAAUCAAAAUAAGGAGAGAUUAUAUUUUUAAUUGGAUAGAGGUUUAAGCUUUUAGGGUCUACAGUAGGGUACAUAUACAGUAGGUGUGUUCAUAUAGGUGCUGAAGCAAAAAAGUGCAAUUCAGAGAAAUGCCUUAACUUCUUAAACAUGGUCAUGAGCUGAUGUGGAAUUGUGCUUAGUGUAUGUAAGAAUUAAUGCUGCUUAGAUUUGUUUCUUUAUCACUGGUGUAUUUUAGCCAUUAUUCUAACCCUCACUGUCAGCUUAAAAGAGAAAACAUGACUAAGCUGUAUUUGAAUAUGAAAUGCGUAAUAAUAAUAACCACCUGAUAGGACAAAGACGUGAGUGUCACACUCCACAUGAAGGCAAAUGAUCAGACAGUAAAGUGUGUUACAUCAAGCACAGGAAGCAGGUCGUGAAGUUCAUGUCACUGCUUUAACAGUUUGAACAAACCUGUUGUUGGGCGUUUUUGUUUUUGAAAUGACUUGUCUAAUAAAAUAGGGAAAUAGA